GCCGCGGGAGUCGUCGGGCGCCGGGAGGCCCAGUCGCACGCAGAACAGGAAGAGGCGUCCUACGGCUGCCACCGAGAGGGGAAGAGAGGCUGCGCGCAGCUGGGCGGUGGCCCUCUCGGGAGAGGUGGGCAGGUGGGCCAACGGGUGAGGACCGCUGUGCGGGUCACUUACAAUUCCUUCCCUUCCCUUCCACCUUCGCAGGGUGGCGGCUGACGGCGGCGCGAUGGACCUGGCUGGGCUCCUACAGGAUGAAGAAGGUACCUUCUCCCUCACCGGCUUCCAAGACUUCACGUUUCUUCCAGGACACCAGAAACUGAGCGCUCGAAUCCGAAGGCGACUCUAUUAUGGAUGGGACUUGGAGACAGACUGCAGCCUGGAGGAGCUCUCCAGCCCUAUGGCAGACAUUACUGUAGAGCUUCUUCAGAAGGCAGCACCCAGUCCUGUUCGCCGACUCCAGAAGAAAUAUGUAGCCCACGUGUCCCGAGAGGCUUGUAUCUCCCCUUGUGCUAUGAUGUUGGCUCUGGUAUACAUUGAGCGCCUUCGGCACCGAAACCCAGAUUACCUGCAGCACGUGUCGUCUUCUGAUUUGUUUCUGAUCUCCAUGAUGGUGGCCAGUAAAUACCUUUAUGAUGAAGGGGAGGAAGAGGAGGUCUUCAAUGAUGAAUGGGGAGCUGCUGGGGGAGUUGCUGUGCCUACUCUCAAUGCCUUGGAAAGGGGCUUCCUGAGUGCCAUGGAUUGGCGUCUCUACACUGAUCCUCGGGAGAUCUUUGAGUUGCUGAGUUGGCUGGAGAGCUGUGUGGCUGAGCAGCAAGGACGGCGGCGGGGCUGGUACACCUACACAGACCUGUGUGUACUGCUGGAGCAACCAGCGUGGCAGCUGUCUCUGGGCUCCCUAUGUCAGCGGCUGGUAAAGCUAUCCUGCCUGUUAGCCGUGGCAUAUAUGAGCAGUGUGGCCUUAGCUGUGGCAUCAGUGGCUGUAAUACACCAGUCCUUAGGGCUAUCCUGCAGCCCCUCACCAGGUCCUCCUGACCUCACACCGGCCUCCAAGAGCCUCUUGCAGCCCUGCAUAUCUUCGCCUGUACCACAGUGCCUGACUAAUGUCUCCAGCUGCCAGGAAGGCAACAUAGAGCUGUCUUCACUCUGGGGCAGUCUUCUGGGCCCAUUGACACCCCCUCCGAUACCUCCCCCAGACCCUCCUGCCCCACCUACUCUUUUCCACAAAUGUCCUUUUUGUCAGAAGUUACAGAGAAACUCCCCAAACUGCCGUGCCUGCCACCAGCCUAACCGUACGGUGUCUAUUGGUCCUUCCCACCCCUUUUACUAUACCCAUGGCCUGGCCCCACCCUGGCUCUGGAGCCCACUGGCCCCUCCAUUCCUCCAACCCCAACAGUGUUCUCUUUUUAGUGUCAUGGAGCUGGCCCGACUCAAGUCCUUCAUUUUCCCAGGUUAGGUAGGGUUCGAGAAAUGCAUUAAGAGGGAUUGGGAGUCCCUGAGAACCUGGAAGAAGAAAACUUGAUUUAGAUUUUUGCUACCUCUCUGGGUUCUUGGCUAGUCCCCUGUCCUCCUGGAUAGGAGCAUAAGGGGUUAUGGGGCAGGACAAGGUUCUUCACUCUCCUAGACCUCACAGGUUGUCUAGUAGGCCAGGACACCAAUGGUGCCUGGGACUGUUCAGCUCAGUGACCACAAGAGAAGCACCCAAGUCUUUGCCUUCCCCAGCUUGGGGAGGUCGAUCUUUUCUUUGAAGCUUCCAAAGAUGGAAGGGUGAGGGUGGGAGGUGUGGGAUGUGGAUGAGGAGAGGAAGGAAGCACUGAUGUGGUUCUGUGUGAUGUCUCUGAGUCAGGAAAACCAGGGACAGAUGGUACCAAGAUAGGAGCUGCUGAGGGAAGGAAGGCUUCCUGAAUGGACGCUCGCCACACUCAUCCCUUGGAUAUAGUUGUCACAGCCAAGGAUUGCUGGGUCCUUCAACCUUGUCCUUGUGUCUUCCAACCUUAGUGUCUUGCUCCAAGGCUUCCACUCUACCGGUUUCUUUCUAGGUGUCCUCUUCACAGGCCUCUCUGGGCACCACUGCUUUGUAUCUGGGGUUUUCAUGCUUUUGUAGAACUGAAGUUUCAAUAAACAGUUUCAGUUGCAUGGCCUGGCCUUUUCCUUCUGCAUUAUCUUUUG